UCCCCUGACAUGACACAGGCGCUGUAGCUCAGUUGAUAACUUCGAAACAGACAGGAGGGGACGUUCUAUUGUGUGUCCUGUACUUGUCUUCCUCUCCAUGAGGUGCAAGGAGGCGGGCGGCUUUUUGAGUGAGUUUUGCUUUUGACAAUUUCUUGGGGAAAAGAGCGCUGUUUAUUCGAGAAUUCAUCUGGUUUUUCCUCUCAUUCUGAACUUCUGAUACUGGACAUUGCCGUACAUGAGGUGAGAUAUCUGUAUUGUUUUGUGACUCUUGUCACAGUAUGCCCAUCUAGACUAAACUGCACAGCUAUCAAAAACCAUGUCUGAGGGUGUCGUCAGAAAAAUCCAACCCUUUACCAUUGGGACCAGGCUGUCUGUCCCCUCCGAAGCCAAAUGCCAGGAGUUCGUGGACGUCUAUCUGCCGAAGUCUGCUGCUCCGAACAAGUUGGAGCUACACGACCAAAUGUCCCUUUACAUGGGCCAGUCCCAGGGGUGGCCUGGGAACUCGGAACUCCCACAAGUGGCCACCCAGGUCUACGCUUCAACACCAGAGGGACAUCAGGAUGAGAGAGUGGAGGAGGACAGGAAUUCUGUGUCCCCCACUGCAUCCUCUAGAUCCAUCAGGAAGAUUGCUAUUUGCCGGAACGUUGAGACAGCCCCCGACGUGUCCUUGUGUGACUCUGACCUGGCCACUUCCGUUAGAUCCACGUCGGAGACCAUCCAAAGCAACUACAACAGUGUUCACCCAAAACCGCCAUCCUUGAUGGUAGAGGACGACUUGGAUAAGAGGUCCAACUCUCAGUCUAAGGUGGACUCUUGGUUCAAGAGGAAGCUUCGGGAUCUGAAGUAUGGCUGUAGUGUCCUUGGAUGUCCUUUGCAGGACCCAGAGGACGUGUCACCGACCCAACAGCGAGACCUAAAGGACAUUGAGAAUUCCCUCAUACAGAUGACGAGAAGUCUGGACAUAAAACAGGAUGGACAUCAGUACGAGACGCUUGACGUGGAGACCGGCCACGAGGGAGAGAAGAGGAAGAGACUGCAACAGAUAGAAGGCAACAAAAUCCCUUCUGGAGAGAACACCGUUAACCAAACCUGGCUGAGGUUCCAGUCACUGUUAAUAAGAAACUAUCACCAAGACCUCAAACUGGCUCUGGACGUCUCCUCCUUCUACCAACAGGCUGACACCAUCAUCUGCACCAUCAACAGGAAGAGAAGCGUCCUGUCUGGAUCCGAUAACCAGGGGAGCUGCGGUCAGACAGAGAUCUACAAUAUUGCCAGCCAAAUCAUGAUGCUGAACGAGACUGUUUCCCGCCUUUCGGACCUCCACCCUACCCUGGCUGCCAGAGUGACACGGAAGCAGGCUGAGGUGCAGGAGAGCUGGGGCCUUCUCCAGGAGGGUAGUGGGAGCGAGUGGCCAGAUUUGCCCACCACCUUUGACAUAGACUUCUCCUGUGAUGAACCUGGCUCACUGAGUCCAACCAGAGAUACGGAACAUGAGGCCCAGACGACCAUAGGAAAGGACAUCAAAGAGGAACAGAACCGUCUCAAAGGGUUCGAGAACAUGAAAGACUGUGGUGUCCCCAGGAAGCUGACUGUUUGUCAAGUUGAAGAACAGCCUUUCAAAAGCUAUGCCCGAGUCUCCUGUGACACCACCAGCAAUCUGGAUGACUUGAUUGGAAGACGGCGUGUGGAGAGGCAAGGAAAGGACCAGACAACACAUUUCAACACUUGUUCUCCAGAUUGCCAAUCAGAACUUGGUACUCAGUUGCAAAAUUCUACCACAUCUGCUGAUAAGACUCUGUCAUGGCUGAAAGACAACCUUGCUAUGUCAACCCCCAGCCACCACACAGCCAGUCUGUGUGGUCCAGAUGUGAUUAAAAACCUGCCAGCUGAUAUUUACGAGGACAAUGUUGUUUCGAACACGAUUUGCUUCGACCUGUCCAAGGGAGAAAAGCCAGGGUCAACUCAAGGCCAGCACAAAGGUGGUGUGAAGAUGGAGGACCUCCUUGGCCAAGUGGAGACGCUAUGGGAAGUUCUGAGGAGAAGACAUCAUAGAAGCAUGAUUGAUGCAAACAGCUCUGAAAGGCUCAACUUGGAGAGGGAUGACAAUCAUGAGACAGACAAGGAUCGGCUCGAAGGACGCAUGUCAGAAUACAGGGCAACCACGGAAAACGUGGAAUUCUGGAGCAUCCCAGAAGUCAAGGAUCUCUCUGAGACAUUGGAGGAAAACGACAGAGGAAUGCUGACAGAGCUGCUUAGGUGUCUUAACCAGGAUGAAAACUUUGAUCAUUGUGAGGUAGAGGAACAGCAAUCAACACUGAAGCUGCGCAUCAACCAGCUCUUGUCCAGGUGUGCAGAGUUCAGCAUGGACAUUCUGGACACUGAGACAGACAUGGCGGUCAGAUGUGAGCCCAAUAGUUCUGAACUCGAGGGACUGCAGGAGCAACAGGAUGAGCUAGAGAGGGACUAUCAGGUCAUAAAAGAGGAGGUGGAGGAGAUUGAGGGACUGGCUUCGCAACUACAGGUCCUCCUACCUGAGAUGGCAGGGGCUUUGGGGGAGAACGUCCAUGCGACCCAGCAAGCUUGGCAGGAGUUGGGCUGGAGCAUCGCAGAGAACCAAUGCAACCUCCAACAAUUUCGGCAACUGCAAGAUUUCCUUAGGGCCUACCUGGCCAUGAUCUCAUGGACAGAGGACACACAGACUUGCAUUUUCUCAGAGGCUUCAGCCCAGCAGUGGAGAUUGGCAGAAUCGAGUGUUCCAUCUGAGCUACAUCUGAGGAUAGAGCAGAAGUUUGACGAGUUUGACAAGCUCGCUGCUGCUGGGCAGAAGCUUAUCAAGGAGCGACAUCACUUGGCAGAUAUUAUAAAGGAGAGGACUGAGGAAUUGCAAAGCAUGCUGGGAUGGAUCCUGGUGUACUGGAGGGCACAGAAAGACCAGCUGGGUCGGGAGAGGUCAGGGGAUUCAAGAAGAAGUGAUGCCCCUCAGGGAGACGCAACCAGAUUUUCACAAGGCCAACCCCAGAAUCUAUCCUCUCUGGCAGAACACAAGUCCUCGGAAAGACUGUCCACAAAGCACAGGCUGAUGCUGGCGAGCCGGUUUGAAGGACCACAAAAAUCCCAACCGGGGAUAGGUCACCAUGGAGAAAACUUUGCCAAGCUGGUAAAUGUCACACCACACGUCCCCUUGGCUGUGGCAGUAAACUCGCCCAGCAUUAUCCUUGAAGAGCCCGGUGCUACUGUCACCCCACUGGGCAGCAGCAUCAACCUCAUCCUCAGUUUUGACCAACAGCCACCAGGGGGCAGUCUGCAACAGGGGCCAGUGGAGCCAAGGCAGGCAGUGGAACCUGUGCAUAGGGUGAGCACCUAUCUGCAAGUCACAGAUGGAAGUCCUGUUUUUGAAGAGGUGGCAUCGCCUCAUAUCACAGACACGAGCCACGUGUCGACCACCGUUUCCACAAGCUCAACCAACGCCACUUUCAUACCCCAAGUCAGGACUGUCUUGCUCCCCACCUUACCCAGAACCAGUUCCACCUCUACCUUAAACCUGAAGGGACCGAUGAAGAGGAGGAAGAAAAUGACACACAGGCACACUGUGACUGGCAUUGUCGGAAUGCCCAAGCCGGAGGGGGUUACUACCGUGCCCAUCGGCGCCACGCACAGAGCCUACACCUGGCCACUGGAGGAUAAGAAGGAAUGCCAUGCCAAACAAGGGAGUCCAGUUAAUACAGAACUCCAACUGUAUAUCAAAAAUAAUUCUGUGGUGAGUGUCAUAGAUGGAAACUCUUCAGACACGUCAAGCAUUCCUACCGUUCCUACCAUCCAGGGGCAUUUCUUGCAUGGGCCCAAUGAGAUCACCAUUAGGCAAGACAAGAGCCGCUAUGGCGUUAUCCCUCUUGGGUCGAUGUUGAGCUUUGACCUACCCAAGGAUUGGGGGAAAAUCUCACAGAUAGGUGCAAAAGACCUCACAACAGAGAAAGUGCCUUCUGAAGCCAAUGGGGACCAUGCCAGUCCACCUUUGAAUCUGUAUAUCUCAAACACACUCGGUCAGACUCACGCAUCGUCCAAAGUAAUUGGACAGACUUUCGCCCUCAUUCCAGAGAAGGAAAGGCAUCUUGAAGCUGAUGGGGAACAUGACAGUCCGAAUGGUUCACCUUCGAUUCUGUGUAGACCGCCAGGAUCAAAUACACUCAGUCUAACUCAGAAAGUGAUUGGGCAGAAUUUCACCCUCAGUCCAGGGGAGGAAAGUAUCUGCAAAACAGGGGACUUUGCUGUUCAAAAUGGUUCACCUUUGAAUCUAUACAAAUUGGCAGACUCAAACACACUCAGUCAGACUCACAAAGUGAUUGGUCAUACUUUCACCCUCAGUCCAAAAGAGGAAAGGAGCUGCGAAACAGCAAGGCAGGACUCGCAGAAGGUGAGUGCAGAGUCAGUUUCUCUUUUGGUUCAGUGUAUCUCGCUUCCUGAGAAAGAUGACGUCUAUCACGACCUAAGAUGCGCCACAAGGAGUCCUGCCCUUGCUGCUGGACAUGAGAACAUUUUCUCCAGCACUGUUGGUAUCCACGAUGAGGAUAAGGUUGAGAUUUCUAUUCCAGUGGCCAUUUUGGACUCGAACAAGCAACGCACUGAACCAAACUGCAGCAGCUCGAUGCAUGACCACACCCGCACUGAACCGUCACAGAACCACAAGCACAACUGUUUAAGUGUUCACACUAAGAUUCAAGACCUCAAUAACCACAUAUACUUCCCUUCUGCAAAGAGGCAAUUCACUUUCCAAAGUGCACUUCGAGUUGUAGAGAUCAAUGUCUUGUCUACUGUGUCUGAAGACUCCACAUGGAUGGGUGUGCGCAGGUCUGGACGAGUCAUUGUGUGCUCUGAGGACAACUGUUGCGUGUGCUCCGACAGCUCCGCACCAAUGAUGGUAUUGGAAAAAGAAACUUCACCCAAAAGAGAACCAGAUCAUAUUCAUCCUGAUCAUUGGCAGUUUGAGGAGGAGGAAGAGGAGCUGGAGGAUAUUUGGAAUGGCACAGACCGGGAAAGAGCGCCUUGAAUUACUGUGGUCCAAAAAUACGAGGUGGUGCCCAUGCCACACUGAAGCACAGACCAGUGACCAACCAACCAUAGAUUAAAGUGUCCCUAAACGUCUCAGAGUAGGAGUGCUGAUCUAGGAUUAGUUUGCUUUUUUUAGAUCAUAAUGAUUAAGAUUAUAUGACAGAUCCUAGAUCAGAACUCCUACUCUGAGAUGCUUUGUGGGAUUCGGACCCAGAUCUAUGAUCAGUUUAUUCUCCCCCUUUUCCAAUCUUGACUCCAAAUGGACUUUUACUUCACAUUGUCUCAGUGACAUUAGAGGACUAUCGUGUGCAAGCAGCAGUGGUGGAAAAAGUACUCAAUUGUCACCUUAAUAGAAAAGGACUCAAGUCAAAGUCACACAGUAAACUAUUACUUGAGUAAAAGUCCAAAGGUAUUUGGUUUUAAAUAUACUUAAGUAUCAAAAGUAUAUUGAAUUGCUAAAAUGUACUUAAGUAUCAAAAGUAAAAGUAUAAACCACUUCAAAUUCCUUAUAUUAAUUAAGCAAACCAGAUGGCACAAUAAUAAAACAAAUGUUUUAAUUGACGGAUAGUACUUUGGGUGUCAGGGAAAAUGUAUGGAGUAAAAAGUACAUUAUUUUCUUUGUAUGUAGUGAAGAAAAAUUAAAAGUUGGCAAAAAUAUAAAUUGUAAAGUACAGAUAUCCCCCCAAAAUACUUAAGUACUUUACACCACCUGCAAGCAGUCUGCAAGAAUCUCACUACAGGAGACUGAAAACAUCCAUACAAGACCAAAGUAGUCAUGCUGUUCUUCAAUAAGGGAAAUUAGACAGAAUUCCCCAUAUUAAACUCUUACCUGUGAUUUUGACUUGGUAUCCUCAACCUUUUUUUAACCCUUAUUUUACCAGGUAAUUUGAACACAUUCUUAUUUACAGCAACGACCUGGGGAAUAGUUACAUGGGAGAGGAGGGGGUGAUGAAUGAGCCAAUUGGAAGCUGGGGAUGAUUAGGUGGCCAUGAUGGUAUGAGGGCCAGAUUGGGAAUUUAGCCAGGACAUCGGGGGUUAACACCCCUACUCUUAUAAGUGCCAUGGGAUCUUUAGCGACCACAGAGAGUCAGGACAUCCCAUACCAAAGAUGGAUUUCCACUCAAUAAUUGAUGGAUGUCAAUGGACAAUGGAAGGCCGAAGCACUACAAUCUUUGUGACUCUUUCCAUUGGUUACUGGCUGUUACCAUGACUUGACUGCCUGAUACAACAUAAAACAAUACACAUUACUGUAUUGAAGCAAUCAGACACUUGAUGCAGGGUCACAAGUAGUGCAAUACACUGAACUGAAUAGACUUACCCCAUUGAAUACCAUACAAGACGAUCAAAAUGUAUUUGCUCCUUCUCUUUAAUGCCACUUGGUGUCUGAUUUCUUUCAACUGUGUAUGAAUUGCAUGCAGGGCACAUAAAGAAAGAACUGCCAUUGAUACCUAUUUUAAUCUGCUGUACAGUAGACUAUCAUUUAUAAUUGUAAUCCCUUUUGUAAAGAAAAAAUAAAUAAGUCAAAGAUCA